CUCGCCCUCGCCGCCGCCGGUCUAUAGCUCCGCCGUUCGACGACCCCGCAGCCCACGUCUCCAGGUAGCCAUCGCAAGGGGAGGCAACUUACAAGACAUCAGAAUACCUCGAUGGGCAAACAUUCCAUGAAGGGCCUCAGCAGUUCCAACCGAUGGUCCUCCAUAGCCAUGCUGGAAGAAGAUGAAAGGGCCUUGCAAUGUGAUUGGGUCAGCAAUUUACCUGAUGACCUGUUGCUCAAUAUCAUAGAGCGACUUGAUGUUGCAGACGCCAUGAGAACCGGCAUCCUCUCCAGACGUUGGAAGCUGAUCCCUACUAUGCUCUCCAAACUUCUUAUAGAGGUUGGUUCCACUGACAACGAGCAAAAGAGGACCUGUGAUGUUGCUCGGGCCAAUGCAACCGUGCUUGGAGCAACCCGAAGCCUUUUCAAAAGCAGGAUUGCAAGUCCAUACACCAUCCACCGCCUGUGCAUGCAAUUCUUUUUGGGAGCUGGAUCCAUUAGAAUUGGCCGGGCCUUGGCCAACACCAUAGCAACACAGAAGGUUGGUGUGGCGGAGUUCACAAUCUUGACAGAGAAGGAAGGCAAACGAUGCAGCAUUAAUGAUCGGUUUGCUUACGGGAGGCAGUUCAACUCACUUAUUAACUUUUGUGGGGACACAUUCAGUGGUCUCACACGACUCAAGCUAGAGAAUUUGAAGCUUGGUGGAUCUGAUUUCCCUAGAAUUUUCAGAUUGUGCAAACGACUUGAGUUCCUCCGCUUGGACAACUGUGACAUGGGGUUUCGGUCUUUGAUGGAGGUAGAACACCCGCGGCUCCGUGAGCUGGAGAUUUUCAGGAGUGAUUUUGAGAGGGUUGAUCUGAACUGGCUGCCAGAGCUCACAACGCUGACUAUUUCUUUUUGGAUUUCUCUGCAUGAUCCGUUGUCUUGUGGUUAUGUCCCACUGCUCCACACCGUGAGCAUCAGAAAUACGGCUCUUUCAUGGCACAAGAUGCUCAAGUUAAGUGAACUUCUUGGCAAAGCCACCGUAAGCAACCUGACUUUGGGCUUUGAAAAAGAAAAGAUUUGGGUUAAACCUGAAGAUCCGAGAGAUUUGUGGCUGGUGUUCAACAAACUAAGGCUUGUGAAUUUGGCUGCCAUUUCAGAAGAAUGUGAUCUGACUUGGACGAUGUUUAUUCUGCAAGGUGCACCUUCCCUUGAGGAGCUACACAUCAGGGUUUGCGACUGUUUGGGGAUAUGGGAUGAGGAAGAGAGGGAGAAGCACGCGUAUAGCAAGGAGAGGAAGGAUGCCAGUGCAAAAUGGGAAGCAUCUGGUUUCAAGCACCACAAUCUCUCCGUGCUCAGGAUCUUUGGGUUUCAAUCAGAAGACAAGUUUGUGGAUUAUACCAGAGCUGUCAUGGAAGCAGCAGUCAAUCUGAAGGACAUCUACCUGCAUGAGAAGCCAGCGUGCAAGGAGGAGUGUGAAUACAUCCGCCAGCGAGGUUGCAGAUACCCGCGGUCAAAUAGGCACAAGAUCUGGGUUAGGAGCAGUUUGAAUAUGCAUAUGCACCCGCUGUUAAGGCUUCACUUCCGAUUUUAAGAAAAUAAUUGAGUUAUGGUCCUGUUGGCCCUGAUGAAGGCUUAUUAAUAUUUUGUGUCUAGCUAUGUUACUAUCUCGUCUUUACAAUUUGAGGAUGAAAAGUGUUGGUUCUUUUGUACCUCAGAAGUGACUGCACAUUGUAUUAUGGCAACAUAUCCUGUGCAUCGGGCUGCUUUGUUUAUCA